AUGGGGCGCCAACUCAUGACAUCCUUCCGACCUGCCGACGACAAGGUAUGGAACUACGUUCGCGAGUCGCCGAAACUAUCGCCGUAUCUUCGAUGGGUAUCACGCGGACCCAAUCUCUACGAAUGCACGGUUCUGCCGGGCUGGCCAGCGAAGGUCGCCUCGAACCUACCAGAUGGCAGUUACGCCACGAAAGACCUGUUCGAACCGCACCCUACGAUUGAGAAGGCAUGGAAAUACAUUGCGCGUCUUGAUGAUACAAUCGUAUUGGUGAAUGGCGAAAAGUUCAAUCCAGUCAUGAUGGAAGGAACGAUCCGGUCCCAUCGAGCUGUAACUGAGACAGUUGUCUUUGGUUCAGGUCGACCAUACCUUGGCGUUCUUGUGGUCCCAGCAAUUGAGGACAUGCCAGAAUCGAAAGUCGUGGAUGAGAUCUGGCCCGUUAUUGAAGCUGCGAAUCGGAGGGCCGAAGCGUACGCCAGGAUAUCCAGGGACAUGGUUCAGAUCCUACCGUAUGGCUGUCAUUUCCCGCGUACCGACAAAGGCAGUGUGAUAAGGCAACAGUUUUACAAGCAAUAUGCCAAUGAGAUUGACAAUGCAUACGACUCCAUUGCAUCAGCUCAAGGAGAUCUCAAAACAUUGAAUGUUCCGGAACUCGAGGACUUCUUACGUACUGUCCUGGCCAAACAGUUGACGCAGGCAGGAGAAAUCGGACGUACCACAGAUUUCUUCUCGCUAGGCCUGGACUCGCUGCAAUCGAUCCAAAUCCGGACGGAGAUUCUCAAGAACGUUGAUAUCGGUGACAAGAAUCUCGGCCAGAAUGUGGUAUUCGACCACCCUUCUAUUGCAUCUCUCGCCGCACAUCUCGACAGUCUUCGCACCGGGCAAGAGGAACAAGUUGUGUCGGUCACUGCGCAAAUGCAAGACCUUAUUGCUCAAUACAGCAACUUCGAGCCCAUUGCUAGACGUCAAGCUGCGCUUACUGGCGCGACCGGUUCGCUUGGUGCUCAUGUUCUUGUACAACUACUCCACCGCUCGGAUAUUGACAUAGUUUACUGUCUUGUUCGAGCGAAAGACUACAAGACAGCAGCUCGCCGAGUUCGAGAGUCUCUCAUACAGCGAAAGUUGUACCACACCCUUUCGCUCUCCGGACGCAGAAAAAUACAAGCCAUACCUUCUGACUUGUCCGAGCCCCAUCUCGGCUUAGACGAUACGACUUAUGCGCGUGUUGCUUCAGGUCUUACCAGUGUUAUUCACUGCGCAUGGAGCGUCAACUUUAACAAGAACCUGAUGUCAUUUGAGAAGGACUGCAUUGCUGGUGUGCGUCACCUGAUUGACCUCUGCCUGGCUUCAUCAUCAACCAAGCCGGCAUCCUUCGACUUUUGUUCUUCGGUCAGUACCGUCGCACGAUGCCCCGAUAUGCGCACGCCUGAGCGAUUAGCCGAGCUUGACUGGGCCCAGGGUAUGGGAUAUGCCCAGAGCAAAUGUGUUGCCGAGCACUUGUGCUUGGCUGCAGCGAAGGAGACCGGUGUCAAAGCGCGAGUCCUGCGCGUCGGUCAGAUCGUCGCGGACACUGUUCAUGGCGUGUGGAACUCAACUGAAGCAAUACCUCUCAUGAUGCAGUCCGCUCUUACUGUCGGUGCGCUACCUCGACUGCAAGAAUUCCCAAGCUGGACACCAGUCGACGUUAUCGCAAAAGCCGUGACGGAGAUCUCGCUCAGCGACGCUGGAUCUGUAGUGGCGAAUGUCACCAACGCGAAGACUUUCUCUUGGACCGACGAUCUACUUCCUGCCCUUCGAGAAGCCGGCCUCCAAUUUGAUGAAGUUGAGCCCAAGGAAUGGGUGCGCAGGCUUCGCGAGUCCAAUCAGGAUGCGGUAGCGAACCCACCCAUCAAGCUUGCUGACUUCUUCGCAUCCAAGUACGAUAAGGACGUUUUCGGUCCUUCGCGUACAUAUGAUACCACUGUCGCCAGAGCUUUCUCGCCUUCUCUUGAGACAGCGCCUGUAUUGGAUGCAGCCUUUGUGAAGACAUUUGUCAGACAAUUCCAGAGUGCUGCCUGGCAGAUAGGUACUACUUCAGUCGCGAAGCCGAUGAGACGCGUUGUCGUUGUAGUCGCCGGGCCUUGUGGUAGCGGGAAAAGCACUGUCGCACGACGCCUCGGCGCUCACUUCAAAGCACCUUAUAUUGAGGGCGAUGAACUACACACCGAAGAAGCCAUUGUAUCGAUGGCUGCCGGUACACCCCUCAAUGACGUCGCUCGCGCCCCGUGGCUCGCGCGCGUUAGACAGCGAGCGCUCGAUACAGUGACCAAGGAAGACCACGAGCGCGUAUUCGUCUCUUGUUCGGCUUUGAAGAAGUCAUACCGAGAUCAGUUCCGGGUUUUGAUGGAUGAGCAGAUACGGGUUGUGUUUGUGGACUUGAAAGUCGAGCCGGAAGAGCUUGUGCGUCGAAUGAAGGGAAGAGGUGGUCAUUACAUGAAAGAGAAUAUGUUGGAGAGCCAAAUGGCCAUCUGGGAGACGGCCGAUGUCUCAGAGACGGAUGUGAUACCUGUAGAUGCUGGACAGUGCGUUGAGGAAGUUGUAGAGGAGAUCUCCGGGUUAUUGGAGGCGCUCGAUGUCAUGUAA